GGCGCGGUGAUCUGACGUCACGGCCGCGCCCGGGGCUGCCCGACCGAGGGUUUGAAUAUGUCGCGCCAGCUGAGAACCUCAAGGUUUGACCCUCGUGCGGGAUUUCACGCGGAGGGCAAGGACAGCCGUCCCUCAGUUCCCCAGGGCCUCCUGAAGGCGGCGAGGAGCAGCGGGCAGCUCAACUUGGCGGGAAGGAACCUCGGGGAAGUCCCUCAGUGUGUUUGGAGAAUAAAUGUGGACAUCCCUGAGGAGGCCAAUCAGAAUCUUUCAUUCAGCUCUACUGAACGAUGGUGGGAGCAGACAGAUCUGACCAAACUCAUCAUCUCCAGCAAUAAACUUCAGUCCCUCUCUGACGACCUCCGACUCUUGCCUGCCCUUACUGUUCUUGAUAUACAUGACAAUCAGCUGACAUCGCUUCCUUCAGCUAUCAGAGAGCUAGACAAUCUUCAGAAACUUAACGUCAGCCAUAACAAACUGAAAAUGCUUCCCGAAGAAAUUAUAAGUUUAAAAAACCUGAAGGCGCUGCACCUCCAACACAAUGAGCUGACGUGCCUACCUGAAGGCUUUGAGCAACUUUCCAGCUUAGAAGAUUUAGAUCUUUCAAGCAAUCGUCUUGCAGCUGUGCCUGCUGGUUUUGCUUUGCUGUCCAGUCUGCUGAGGCUCAAUCUUUCCAGUAACCAGCUGAAAAGUUUGCCGGCAGAAAUAAGCAGGAUGAAAAGAUUGAAGCAUUUGGAUUGUGACUCCAAUCUCCUGGAGACUGUGCCCCCUGAUGUGGGCAGCAUGGAAUCACUGGAAUUGCUUUAUUUGCGGAGGAAUAAAUUACGUGUUCUACCUGAAUUUCCUUCUUCUAGACAACUAAAGGAAUUGCAUCUCGGUGAAAACCAGAUCGAAAUGUUAGGUGCAGAGCAUCUUCAGCACUUGCAGGCCAUCCUGGUGCUGGACCUAAGGGGCAACAAACUGCGGUCUAUUCCUGAGGAAAUGUGCCUGCUGCAGUCUUUGGAAAGGCUCGACUUGAGCAACAACGACAUCAGUAGUCUGCCCUGCUCAUUGGGAAACCUUCAUUUGAAAUUCCUGGCACUAGAAGGAAAUCCUCUAAGAACCAUUCGAAGAGAAAUUAUAGCUAAAGGAACUCAAGAAGUCCUAAAAUAUCUGCGGAGCAAGAUCAAAGAUGAUGAUGGGACCAGUCAAAAUGAUUCUGUUCCUGAGACUGCCAUGACGCUACCAAGUGAAUCCAGAGUCAAUGUCCAUGCCAUAGUCACACUAAAGCUGCUAGACUACAGUGAUAAGCAAGCAACCUUGAUUCCUGAUGACAUAUUUGAUGCCACAAAAAGCAACAUCAUCACUUCCGUCAACUUCAGUAAGAACCAACUGUGUGAGAUCCCCAAAAGGAAUAAUUUUUUAAGUUCUUUGCCUGAAGAGAUGUCAUCACUGACAAAACUGCAAACGAUCAAUCUUUCGUUUAACAGGUUCACAGUGCUGCCUCCAGUUCUGUACCACAUCCCCACAUUAGAAGCAGUUCUGAUCAGCAACAAUCAGGUUGGCUUUGUGGACCCUCAGAAGAUGAAGCUGAUGGAAAAGCUGAGCACUCUGGACCUUCAAAACAACGACCUCCUGCAGAUUCCGCCCGAGCUCGGGAACUGUGUGCAGCUACGAACACUACUGCUAGAUGGAAAUCCCUUCCGAGUUCCUCGAGCAGCCAUAUUGAUGAAAGGCACAGCUGCUGUGCUGGAGUAUUUGAGAGACCGAAUCCCUGCCUGAGUCAGUGGCAUCUCACCCUGGUGCUCAUUCUGAAUAGGAAGGGCCAGCCUCCAGUGCUGCCGUAUUCCAAGUGUCGCUGUGUUCACUCCACUAAGUGUGUCGUUUGUGAAGUACUGUGAGCGUUUAUAAUGGUGUUGGCUGCAACACAUCUUAAAUGUUUUGUCAACUCAUUCGUUAUGACAUUGCAAAAACUUUUUAUUUUAUGAGAUUUAAUAUUUCAUAAUGAUAAGGCAACCAUCUUUUUAGAUCGGGGUUCCUCCUGGUUUCUUUUUAUUUUCCAUAUAAUGUGAACUGAACAAGACUGUAUUAGCUGUAAGUGAGCAAAUUUUACUAAGUAUUAUUCUUUGUUAUUUAAAAGAAAAUCAGGCUUUUUAUUGCCCAGGAAUUUAAGCUUUCUGUGUGGUCAAUGCAUUUUAUAUUUAGGGUUUUUGGUGUUUUUAUUUUUUUAACUUCAUAUAUGUGUAUGGGUGUCCUUUAUUCCAACCUGGUACGUCUUAUUCUAGCACCAUGAUUCUGAAAUCUGCUUACAGCCUGAUUAAAGCUAAACUGGCAGUUUUACAGUAAUUUUCUAAAAGGGAAUUAGUUAUAAGCAAGCUUGAUUUAAUAAAAACCAAAUAUAAACAUUGUUGUUUACACUGAAAUUAUCAAAAGCAGGUUAUGAGCCAUCCAGGCUCACCAUAUGAUUGUGUCAAGAAGCCAGUUGAGUAGUAGCGUGUGUCAGCGGGCGGAGGACGGAGGUAGAGAACUUGCAGGUGAUUGAGGCUGUUGAUGUUAGGAAAAGUCAGUGCUAACAAAGAUACAUGCUUCAUGUCCAUAAUAAAGUUACAUUUUUAGAUAUUAGUACAGUGUUUUUGUUAAAGAGAAACACGCCUCUCCAUGUCACAGCUCCUUAUCUCACAGUCUGCUCCAUAGUGAACCAGACACACGUAAUAAGGUGAUGUUUUAUUAUUUAUACAGUAAAGAGACUUUUAUGUUAUUCAAAACACUUUUUUAAAUACUGAAAAAUUUGAGUACAACAGAACCUGAAAAUGGCUCUGCUGUACACCAUACAGCAGUUCUCUGUACAGAGCGCAUCUGCAGAUGCUUCCAGACUACCCUCCCUACCCUUAACCCGUGCUAGAGUGUAAGACAGCUGGAGAGCACAGACCACACUGCAGAGGUGAAAUACAGGUUAGUGGGACUUUGCACAUAAAAUUAAACAGCUUUCAAGGUUGUUAUGGUCUCAUAUGGCAAAAAACCAUGAAGUACAUUCACAAUCUAUGUUAAUAAAUUAGUGUUUCUUCAUUCAGUUUUAUUUACAUCAAUAUGUAGUUCAACUAAAAAGUACUGUUAAUCAUGGUACAUUGUUUUUUAACACAUACAAAAAUGACAACUUUUAUAUAUAAUUUUAAGCUCAAAAUCACAAUUAUCUCAAAAUAUUAAUUACAAUACAGCCAUUUCAAUUAAACAUAUCAUGGUUUGAUUUUUUAUAUAAAAUGGUAAACUUUAUUAUUAAAGUAAGCAAUUUGUUUUGAAUUGGCUAGAGUACACCCAAGUAGAAAAUCUAAAUGUGAUGUGUGAGGUGUUUACUGCCCCUCCCACCCAGUUUGUAUAGAGCCACCUAGGCUAGCAAAGAGACGGAAAAGGCCCCAGUUUAUAAAUAUUGAGCCUCAUUUGCUAAACUGCCUUGGCUUCUUGGUUCUUUGUAAAAGCUCUACAAAGGGAGUGUCCAUAGACUGCAAUGAAAUGCAUGCAAUUAUAUACAGCGUGUAGAAUGCCAGUUCACUGACACACAUUGAAAUGUCCACAUAGACGGCAAAGGAUGGACGGAAGGAGCACUUCACCUGCCACGUGAGUGUUGUCAGCUGGAGCAGAGUUUUAGGAAUGAGGUCCCAGUUUUAAGCUCUGACGGGAGGAGCCCUGGUUACUGUGGAUGUGUGAUCUGGGCGCCGCACUUAUCUAGUGAAACCAGAUCCCAUCAGAGUAUUGGUCUAGAGACCUGAAGCUGUGCCACCACUUAGGAAUCUCUCUUAUACCUUAUGAGAGUGAAAUAUUUAACUGACUUAUAUGACCUCAGGAAUUUGUCUGUGUGCUUGACACAUAAAACAUUAGAACUAACAGAAUAAAGAAAUAGAUUUACCUCCCACAAAUUACUGAGAGCAAAAGUCAUUGAUCAAAUAAUUUUGAAAAUGAAAAAUAAAUGUGAUGAAUAUUUAAAAA